UGGGCGACAGGGCGGGCUUUUGAUGAAGGGUCGGCGGUGGGAAAGAUGGCGGCGACUCUGGGACCCCUUGGGUGGUGGCAGAAGUGGCGGCGAUGUUUGUCGGCUCGGGAUGGGUCCAGGAUGUUACUCCUUCUUCUUUUGUUGGGGUCUGGGCAGGGGCCACAGCAAGUCGGGGCGGGUCAGACGUUCGAGUACUUGAAACGGGAGCACUCGCUGUCGAAGCCCUACCAGGGUGUGGGCACAGGCAGUUCCUCACUGUGGAAUCUGAUGGGCAAUGCCAUGGUGAUGACCCAGUAUAUCCGCCUUACCCCAGAUAUGCAAAGUAAACAGGGUGCCUUGUGGAACCGGGUGCCGUGUUUCCUGAGAGACUGGGAAUUGCAGGUGCACUUCAAAAUCCAUGGACAAGGAAAGAAGAAUCUGCAUGGGGACGGCUUGGCAAUCUGGUACACAAAGGAUCGGAUGCAGCCAGGGCCUGUGUUUGGAAACAUGGACAAAUUUGUGGGGCUGGGAGUAUUUGUAGACACCUACCCCAAUGAGGAGAAGCAGCAAGAGGCCCAGAAGAGGCGGUAUUCUCCAGGAGUCCAGCGGGUAUUCCCCUACAUCUCAGCCAUGGUGAACAACGGCUCCCUCAGCUACGAUCACGAGCGGGAUGGGCGGCCUACAGAGCUGGGAGGCUGCACAGCCAUUGUCCGCAAUCUUCAUUACGACACCUUCCUGGUGAUUCGCUAUGUCAAGAGGCAUUUGACGAUAAUGAUGGAUAUUGAUGGCAAGCAUGAGUGGAGGGACUGCAUUGAAGUGCCCGGAGUCCGCCUGCCCCGUGGCUACUACUUCGGCACCUCCUCCAUCACUGGGGAUCUCUCAGAUAAUCAUGAUGUCAUUUCCCUGAAGCUGUUUGAGCUGACGGUGGAGAGAACCCCAGAAGAGGAAAAGCUGCAUCGAGACGUGUUCUUGCCCUCCGUGGACAACAUGAAGCUGCCCGAGAUGACAGCUCCACUGCCGCCCCUGAGUGGCCUGGCCCUCUUCCUCAUCGUCUUUUUCUCCCUGGUGUUUUCUGUGUUUGCCAUAGUCAUUGGUAUCAUACUCUACAACAAAUGGCAGGAACAGAGCCGAAAGCGCUUCUACUGAGCCCUCCUGCUGCCACUUCUGUGACUGUCACCCGUGAGGUAUGGAGGGAGCAGACACUGGCCUGAGCGUGCAGCCUGGAGGGCCUUCUCGUCUCUAGCAGCUGGUUAGGGACUAUAUUCUGUCACUGGAGUUUUGAAUGCAGGGACCCCGCAUUCCCAUGGUUGUGCAUGGGGACAUCUAACUCUGGUCUGGGAAGCACCCACCCCAGGCAAUGCUGCUGUGAUGUGCCUUUCCCUGCAGUCCUUCCACGUGGGAGCAGAGGCGUGAAGAGAAUGUAUGCGGUUGUGAUGCCAAAAUCACAGAACGGAAUUUCGUAGCCCAGGCCGCCUUGUUGUUUGACUCAGAGAGCCCUUCUGCUUCAUUUUUGAAUCCACAAAGAAUUAAAAGCUGGUAACACCACAUACUUUCUGACCAUCCAUUCACUGGGUUUUGCAUUUUACCCAACCCUCUGCCUACCUGAGGAGCUUUCUUUGGAAACCAGGAUGGAAACUUCUUCCCUGCCUCACCUUCCUUUCACUCCAUUCAUUGUCCUCUCUCUGUGCUACCUGAGCCGCGAAGGCAUUUGGACGCCUCUCUGUUGGGGCCGGGGGCUGCAGAACGCACCUGCGUUUCACGGGCUUCAUUAGCGGCCCUAGGGAGAGGGCUUUCUGCUUUGGAUCCCUGUUCCAGCUCCUGUUCUCUAGCACGGGCCCUGGGUCUGUCGACUUCCCCCAUCAAGUCUCUUCAGGCCCUCAGUCAAGUUUGACUAAAAGUUGGUGUAAAAAUCCAGAGAAGCCUGGAAGACAUCAUAGAUGCCGUGGAUUAACUGUGAAACUGACCAACUCCAGGUUUGAUACCAAAAGCAAUAUUUGUCAUGUGCUCUGACCAUGUGGAGAUAUUUCUGGACUUGCUAGAGCCUGCUUAGCUGCAUGUUUUGUAGUUACGAUUUUUGGAAUCCCACUUUGAGUGUCGAAAGUGUAAGGAAGCUUUCUUCUUAUAUCUUGGGCUUGGAUACUGCCCAGAGAAGAAAUUUGGCUUUUUUUCUUUCUUAAUGGACAAGAAACACUUGCUGUUCUCAUGUUCCAACUCUGAGAGCAAGAGACCCUCAUCAUCUGUGCCUGGAAGAGUUCAUUGUCACUGAGCAGCACAGCCUGAGCGCUGUCCUCUGCGUGUCAACCCGUAUUCCACUGCCUUAUCUGACAAGGGGUCACAUGCUGCUCACCUUACUGCCCUGGGAUUACAUCAGUUACAGGCCAGAGUCUCCUUGGAGGGCCUGGAACUCAGUCCUCCUAUGAACCUCUGUAGCCUAAGUGAAAUUCUUAAAAUCGCCGAUGGAACCAAA